CUAUCGUUUUAGCUAACUCAAAGAGUCGAGACGACAUAAAAAGGGAUUGUUUCUUCCGUGUAGAUUCUUCUUCUUCUUCCAUUGUCGUUAGGGUUGAGAAUCCGAUCUCAAUGUCGAUCAAUAUCGGAGAGUUCUCCAUUCCAGACCUCCCUCUCUUCUUCUCCAUGUUCUUAACCAUCUACCUAAUCGCUUACUUCAUCGUCUUCCGCAAUUGGAAACCACAAAUCCGUCCCGAAGCUUCAAGCUGCCUGAUCUCAAUCUUCCACGGCACUCCGGCGGUUUUCCUCGCCACACGCGCCGUCUUCUCCUCCUCCGCACGCUCCUUCGCCUCCGCAAACACAGCCGCUCAAAACACCGUCCUCGAUUUCAGCGUCGCUUACUUCCUCACCGAUCUCUUCCACUACAUCGUCUUCAACCCUAACGACGUCCUCUUCAUCGGCCAUCACCUAGCCACUCUAUUCGUCUUCCUAACCUGCCGGUUCCUCGUCUUCCACGGCGCUUGCGCCAUCUUAGGCCUCCUGAUUCUAGCCGAAGUCACAAGCGCGUGUCAGAACGCGUGGACGCUCGCCGGAGCAAGGAAGAAUGAUCCGGAAUCACGAUUAGCCGUAAAAGUGUACGAUCUCUUGUCCCCUCCGUUUUACGCCUUCUACAGUAUCGUUAGGGGAGUGUUGGGACCUUUGUUUUUCGGGAAAAUGGUUGCGUUUUACGCUCGAGGCGGUGCUCAUGGUGUGAUUCCUAAUUGGUUGUGGAUUUCUUGGGCUAUUGUUGUUGGAACUGCUAUUACUGUUAGUAUACUUUGGAUUUGGAAUCUCUGGAUAGAAUUGUUUAGACAAAGGAAGGCUAAGAAAAUUAGAUAAUACUUUCUUCUCAACAAUCAUUGUUUGAGCUUCCUUUCCAUUGUACUAUAUAUUAUAUAUAUAUAUAUAUAUACCAUUAUUAUUCUCACCUUUUAGAAUUCUCUAAAUUAUGUAUGUUUUGGAAUAAUAGAUUUGCUUUUCGAUAAGCAGUAGUAUGUGCAAAAUGCACUUUUUAAUUCAUCUCUGUAUUGCUCAGAAAGUUCUUCUCUUAAGAGUUGCUACCCAUUGAUUUACAGUUUGUGACAUACAUAUGUCUUGUCUUUCUGCUACACUUGCUUCCUCAUCUCUUGAUUCUUGAUAUUCGUGAGAAUUUAGAAUUCUACAAAAUGGAGGGUACUAGAACCAAGUGUUGGAGCUAAUGUAAGUUGCCCAUAGCAUUUUCUGUAAACAACUCUGAUUGACUUAGACUUGACAAGUCAUAGCUGCUACUUUUUCUGUUGGAAGAUGAGAAACAAAACUCUUGCUCGACUUACCCACAAAUGAACAGCGUACAACAAAGCUUAGACUUUUGUAGGAUUGAAAUUUCAUGCCCUUAUCAUUACAGAUUCAGUCAGUCAUGUUAAACUCUGGCAUUGCAUAGUCAUAGAUAGGCCACAGUAGAAGGAGUAUAUGUGGAUUUGUGUUUAAUACAAUAGAUCAUUAUAACCAGAAAUAAAUCAAUGAUUGACAGUCUAACUACUAGCAUGUAAGCCACAAUAAUAAGCCACUUGCGAUUUCCUUGUGCUAUGAGGAUGUUUUAUGAAACCUUUGAGCGGGGAAAGUGAAGUAGCGGAAAGCUAGAAAGCAAUAGCCAAAACUUGCUUCACAGAAGCUAUGACACAAAAUCAAGGCAGAGAAGGUUAACUUACCUCACGUGUAUGACAGCAUCGACUAAGGAGACACCUGAGAUGGAGUUAAAAGUUUGUUAAGCGGGGAAAACAUGAAGUGGGAGAAGACAAAGUUCAAAAUGAAAUCUCGAGUGGUCAUGACAAGCAAGGUUCGCAGAUGUUCUACAGUGAUUGUCCUCCUGUGACCUUGCAUUGCACACUCUGGAUUCAACAAGAAGUUGUUGCAACACAAUUAUGUAACUAGACCAGCUCAUGGAACCAGUCGAACGAGCCACCCCUGGAACAUUUUUUCCUUCUGAUACAGUUGCCAUACCGUGUAUAUAUGUCAUGACCCAUGACAGGACCAACACCUAAUCCCCAGAAACCAGCAACUGGUAAGCCAUAUAGUAUUCAUUAACUUGCAACAUCAAAAUUUAGCUGGUGAAGUGUAAGAAAGUACAAAGCACAGAGAUUGAUAUCUUUGCCUGUUAUAAUCAUUGGAUUGUGAACUUUCAUGAAUUGAAGAGAAUGGGGAGAGAAUUGGGGACUAAA